AUGGAGCAGUUCCGGCGCGGCAGCCAAUCAGAGCUCAGCAUCUCACGUGACCGCCGGUCCAAGAUGGCGCUGCCCAUGGCGGCGGCCCGGGGCCCGCUCUGGCGCCUCGGCCCCUCCGCGCUGAGCCCCGCCCGGGGCCGGAUCCCGCCGCCGCUCGCUCCGGCCGUGUCCAGCUUCCGUUCACCCUCACCGGGAGCCCCGAAAGUGGCCGGGGCUGACUCAGGGCUGCCGGUGCCCGCUGCCGGUGCCCGGUGGGUUCGGAGCCGGGGCUGCGGCUCCCCGGUGUAUUCGGCACUGAUGCGGGGCUGCCGGUGCCCGGUGUGUGCGGGGCUGCGGGUGCCGGUGCCCGAUCCCCGGUGUGUGUGGGGCUGCCGGUGCCCGGUGGGUUCGGGGCUGGGGCUACCGGUGCCCCCCCAGUAUGUGCGGAGCUGCAGGCACCGGUUCCCGGUGUGUCCGGAGCUGCCGGUGCCCGCCGGGUGCCCGCAGGUUCCCGGUGUGUCCGGAGCUGACUCGGGGCUGCCGGUGCCCCGUGCGUUCGGGACCGCAGCUCCGCGGUGCCCGGUUCGCUGCCCGGUCCGUUCGCUCUCCUCCCGCGCCGCCUCCCGCGCCCUCGUGGCCGCCGUGGCCGGCGCUGCCCGGCGGGUGAGCGCUCGGUACGAGCGGUACCUGGAGAGGAGCUGGCCCCGCUUCUUCCUCCUGCACAGCACCUUCAAAAACGGGGUGCAGGCCCUGGUGCUGGAGGUGCAGGAGAUCAGGAGGAUCCGGGCCAGGAUGGCCCAGCAGCAGCUGAGCCCUCAGCAGCUCCCGUACCGCGACAUGGAGCGGCUGCGCCAGUUCCGCAGGGACGUGCUCAAGGCCAUUCCCAUCGGGAUCAUCGCCAUCCCCCCCUUCGCCAACUUCCUGGUGCUGCUGCUCAUGUAUUUCUUCCCCCGGCAGCUCCUGAUCAGGCACUUCUGGACGCCCAGGCAGCGGCUGGAGUUCCUGGACGCGUACGACCGCCGCCGCCGGGCCUCGCACGGGGCCGUGCUGCGGGCGCUGGCGCAGGCAGCGCGCUCCCUGCCCGAGGCACGGCCCCAGCAGCUCCUGCUGCAGCUCUGCGAGCAGGUGCAGGGAGGUGCCCGGCCCCACCUGGCGCAGCUCCUGGCUGUGAGGAGUUCGUUCUCGGGCUCUCUGCUGGUCCUCAACAGGCUCCAGGUGGAUCACGUGAGAGCCCUGAGCCGGGUGCUGUUCCUGACCCCGCACCUGCCGGCCUUCGUCCUGCGGCGCCGCCUGCGCAGCCACGUCCUGGAGAUCCGGCAGCUGGACCGCGCCCUGCUGCGCCUGGGGCUGGGGCAGCUGAGCGAGGAGGAGCUGCGGGCGGCCUGUUACCUGCGUGGGCUGAACUCCACUCCGCUGGGCCGGGCGCAGUGCCAGGCGUGGCUGGAGCAGUGGCUCAGGCUCUCCUGCCAGCUCCAAGCCUCGGAGGCCUCUCUGCUGGCACACAGCAUGGUCCUGCUGGCCCUGGAGCCGUGCCAGCCCCCGAGGGACAGCCCCGCGUGACCGGAGGGUGACAGGGUGGCACCCGUCCGUCCUCCCCCCAGCUGGCACUGCCACAGUGACUCAGAGGUGACAGGGUGGCACCUGUGUGUCGUCCCCUCCAGGUGGCACUGCCGUGGUGCCCUGAGUGACCGGGCACUGACAGGUGACACCUGCACGUGCCCCCCGGACUGUGCCGCCAUGGUGCCCCGCGUGACCAGAGGGGUGGCAGGGUGGCACCUGCGUGUCCCCUCUCCAGACUGUGCCACCAUUGUGCCCCCAGUGACCUGGCAGUGACAGGGUGGCACCUGCGUGUCCCCUCUCCAGACUGUGCCACCAUUGUGCCCCCAGUGAC